GAUCGGGCUGGGUUACCAACCAAUCUGACCCAACUUUUAAAAUGUGGAUGAUGCUUGCCGUCUUAGAUAAUUCUUCCUUCCUUUUUCAACUUCAAAUACAAGCUAUCUCUCAUCUCAUCGCUUUUUUUCAAAACCCUAAUUCCUCUUUCCGUUCCAAUCUCGUUUCACAAGAUCGCCUUCGCUGCUUUUCCGUUCAGGAAUUAUGUCUUUUGUGAGGAAUUUUCAAGCAGAAGAUCGUAGUUUACAUAGUGGUUACUGGUCCACCUAUGAUGAAAACAACUUUGGCCGCAACAAUAGGAAAAGAAGUAGAAACAAUUAUCACACCAGGAGUUUUAAUAUUUACAAUGAUAACCAGACAAAAUUCGGCGACCAUGGUUGUUCCUUCAAUUUUUCCUUGGCCGAUCAUGCCAAUUAUCUUAGAUUUGAUGCUGUUCCGUCAUCUCUGAAAAGGAGGAAAUAUUCAGCCCCUGUGUGGCAAGAAAGCCAUAGAUAUUAUAUUCCACCCAUGGUUCAUGACAAUAUCCCGUCCUCCUGUAAUUUUCAAGCUCCUCCUACAAGAUCCGAUGGUGAUGCCUCCACAUCAGCUGUCUUCAAGCACUGCUUCUCUAUUUUUGAAGAUGAUAAGCCUGUCUUCAUGUCAAGAGAUGAGAUUGAUAGAUACUCUCCAUCUAGGAAAGACGGUAUUGAUGUACAUCAUGAGACACACUUGCGGUACUCCUAUUGUGCUUUCCUUCAGAAUCUUGGAAUGCGUCUCGAGCUGCCUCAAACCAUCAUUGGGACAUCUAUGGUUCUAUGCCACCGUUUUUUUGUUCGUCGAUCUCAUGCAUGCCAUGACAGAUUUUUGAUUGCUACUGCUGCUCUUUUUCUUGCUGCAAAGUCAGAGGAAGCUCCACGCCCUUUGAAUAAUGUAUUGAGAGCGUCCAGUGAAAUUCUAAAUAAACAAAAUUUUGCUUUGUUCUCCUACCGGUUACCUAUUGAUUGGUUUGAACAAUACCGGGAACGGGUGUUUGAGGCUGAACAGUUGAUACUUACCACUCUAAAUUUUGAACUCAAUGUGCAGCAUCCAUAUGCAUCUCUCACGUCUGUUCUUAACAAAUUAGGUCUAUCAAAGACUGUUUUGGUGAAUCUGGCAUUAAACCUGGUCAGCGAAGGGAUAUUCACAAGAUUAGCGUGCUGGCCUGUAUGAUAUUCUUAGCUGGCGGAUUGAUAUGCUGUUCAUCAAAAGUUUUGUUUUACAUCUGAAGUUGAACUGCUGAUGUCUAAUGGAUUGCUUUACCUUGAAUAUGUCUCGUCAACUUUUAUUUUGGCUACCCAAGCUAGCCUCAAGAGCCCUACCCACAACUCAGUUUUUCUGUCUAACCCUCAAUUCCUUGUAGUUUAUGCUGAUUCUCAUCAGCCAAAGGUGCUCUCCAUAAUUUUUAGUAAAAUGGGUUGAAAGAAGAUAGUAAGUGACAUACAAACAAUAUGAAACUAACAAAAAAAGACUGAUACAGAGAGGCAAACAAUCUUAUCUUAAACAGUCUUAUCAUCAAAAGUUUUGUUUUACAUCUGAAGUUGAACUGGUGAUGUCUAUUGGAUUGCUUUUCCUAGAAUAUGUCUCCUCAACCUGUAUUUUGGCUACCCAAGCUAGCCACAAGAGCCCUCCCCCACAACUCAGUUUUUCUCUGUAACCCUCAAUACCUUGUAACUUAUGCUGAUUCCCAGUAGCCAAAGGGGGCUCUCCAUAAUUUUUAGUGACAUGGGUUGAAAAAAUAUAAUUUAAGUGACAUACAAUAUGAAAUUAACAAAAAUAAGACAGACAGAGAGAUGCAAACAGUCUUAUGUCAUCAAAAGUUUUGUUUUACUAAAGAGGGUUAGAGUGUUUUUGUCUAUUCAUUUUUUCUUAAUUGAAAACAAAGACCUAUUCCUUGGUCUAUAUGUUGAUUUGGAAGAAAACUGUUUCGAGGAUAAAUCUGCUGAUAAAAUUCUCUCUAGAAGUGUUUCCUUGUGGUCAGUUUGAUUGCCAAAUUUUGGGUUUGUUAAAAGUUUCUUAACCUCCCUCUCGUUUCCCACAUUGAGUAUUUUGGUCACUCAAAUGGAUUACUUCAGUCACAUGAUUUUUUUCUUUUCCAGGUGUUUUAAAUUUGAAUUUGAUCCUUUUCCUACUUAAAAAGAUGUAUACACUCUAUCCAAUAAUUUGUUGAUGUAUCUGAAUAAGAGUUUGACUAUGACAACUACCUAAAAGGUCGUACAUUCUAAAUGAUUGGAUGAUAUUGUUCAAAUUUUUUAUAUUUUUAUAUUGCGAAAAUAUAAAAUAUAUGUAAACAUUUG